AUGUUCUGCGCUAGCCUUCGUCGACGAGCCUCAUUCAGUAGCGUUGUACCAGCACUGAUUGCUACAGAAGAUCUCAAGCUUCGAGAAUCUCGACUGGUGACCCACGACAUAGCAAUUCCACUAUCGACAACUCCCGACCGUCAACUACGACUCCUGCUCCUGAGUCCAACCUCUGUCUCUGAAGCCAAGUUGGAGGGCACAAUAGCUCGUGUUCGCCACUUCGCUUCCUUGACAGGCGGACAGGACAUCAGCAUUAUAUUCUCGCUUGAGGCUACGGGUACAGGCAGCACAGACAUGCUCGCCUGUUCCAAACUCCAAGCAGUACUCAUAGACCACUACGGGAGCAUCCCUUACAUUCCCAUCAUCCCCGUCCCCACUCUUGCCAGUCUGCCAGAACAAGUCAAGAAGUACGUUUUCAACCUCACCCGACCACAACGUAUCGCCGCUCAACCACCACUACCCUCUCCAUUCACCUUGCUCCAGCACUGCACAACCUCACCUCCGAUGCCACAACAAACAGCCUACUACCUCUCGGAUCUGUUCGCGAACCUCAAGGAUCUGGCAUCAGCAUGCUCCAGCAUCACAUCGGCACCGAACUCAAGCUCGCCAUCUGCUCGAACGGCUGGGACCAAUAGGAUGCUUUCUUCCCAGGACAGGAACCACGGAGAGAUCUUUGACGCAGAUGAAAAUAUGCCGAUCUCGAGCGAAUCAACCGAGCACGCGAAGCUGAAGCAGCUCAGAGAUCUGGUUGGAGAGCAGCAGUGUAGAGCCAUUGUAGACUUUUGGCAGGAGGAGUAUGUGAUGGAUUAG